AAUCAACAUCUUAUUUUAAAGUGUUUCACAAAAUACAUUUUAUGUUUCUAGGUACACUAAGAUAUCAAGUACUUCUCAUUUGUGCUUCAAAAGCGUAAAUCAUAAAUAUCAAGUGUGUUGUCACAUAACCCAAGUGAGUGUCAUCACAUUUGAGUUUGAAGUGUGGACAUGUUGAUAUCGAAUUUUCGACACAUAACCGUCAAUUCUGUAAAUUCAUGAUACAGCCCUGUUCCAUCACAUGUCAAUUUGAAGUGUCCGCAUAUUGAUGUAUAUAUGUCUACGCAUUGUUCUUUAUUUUCGCUGGCAAUUGCGGCAAUAUUAAGUGUCAAACAUAUAAAUGAAAAGUGAAAAACAAAAUGGCUACGAAAAUUAAAGCUGAGCUGAUUGAGCUAGGUUUUCCGCAACGUAUUUUGGAUAUUUUAGACAAUAACGGAUUAGUUGAAGACGAUAUAAACAAGGCUAUUGAGUUCCUCAAAGAAAAGGGGCUUGUGUCUGUUGAUGAGAACGCAAAUGAAAUUUCUUUGAUAUUUCCGGAUGAGGAAAUCGUUAGGGGUCAAGACAGUGCAUCAAAUUUAAUUGAUCCAGAACAAAUGCUAGUCCCAGAGCUUGGUGGUUCAUCAACUCAGAAUUUUACUUCGUUCCAAGUCACACAGAAUCGAGUACUGCUUUCUCCACACGCAUCACCUUUGGAGGAGGUUACAGCUAAGGAAAACGUAAUUGUAGUUCAUCGUAAUAUUUCGGCAAAAACAAAUAACACACCGGAGAGCAACAGUUGUACAGACUACGGGAAAGAGAAUACCCUGCAUACGAAUACAGAACUGACUCCCGAAAGUCUAUACAAGAUACUGUCGGAAUCCUUAACAGGUAACGAUAUUCUCAAAUUGGCAAAAGUUGGUCCAUUAUCAGAACGUAGACAACUCGAGUUGGCUGGAAUUCUAGCACAAUGGCACCUGCAAAAUAAGAAAAAGCUUGUCGAAAAUGACUUAAGAAAGUAUGCGCAAGUAAUAACAAUUUUAUUGAAAUACGAAAAAGAGGACACAUAUUUUCUCCCAAGGAACGGCGAUAAGAAAAAUCCCGGUGGGAAAAUUUAUAAUAAAAUUUGCAACUUAAAAACAAAAUUUCGAAAACGAAAAAUAGAUGAUUUAAAUCAUCUACAGAAGUACAGCAAUUCCGGUAAUAUACGACAAGAUAAUUCAUUCGAAUUGAAUCAGGGCACUGCAUGGGAAGCCUUGGAAUGGCUUAACCAUAAUGAUGGCCCCUGGAGUACAGUCCUCGACAUGUGGAAGGCAAGUUUCUCAUUACGGAAAAUCUAUAUUGGCAAACCAAACGCUAAAGAAAAUUUAAUAGAAGAUAACCUGUGGCGAUUUCUUCUAUCGGAAUACGGUUAUCAGUUGAUUGAUAUUGAUUAUCAAUUUCUCAAAUCGAAUCGAGCUACGGAAAAGUGGGAUCAUCUACUAGCGGUGGCAGGAAAAUAUAUCCGGGAAAGGUCUAUUGAUGACUCAUCCUGUAAAUUAGUAGAUAUCUUUAGCAAUAGUACUGAGGCAAAGGAUUUACGAAUUUGUGCUCUAUUGCUCUCACUAAACUGCGUACUUCAUCCACAAAAGGUUACGGUAUCCUACAAACCAACGGUACUGAAUGGACAAAACGAUACUGUUUUGUUUGCAAAUUCUGAUGACGAAGCUAAAGUCAAACUUGCUGCUGUUUAUACACAAUAUCAGAGUUAUCGGAUUCCACUAACUCCAAAACUGAUAUUUUUCGGAACUCAAGCAUCGUUAACUGGAGUGUUCAGAGUAUACUACGGAGAUUUAUUCUACACUUUGCCGUCAGCUUCUCGUGCCGUCGAUGUGUACAUAAAAUUAUGUGAGGUACUGGCACUGAAGCAUUCAAAAAUCAGUAAACUGAUUUGGCUUUUCGUUCAACACUACAUUUAUGAUUUGGAUAUUCCUGAACGUUACGCGAGUAUCGAUAGACUUGUGCAGUUUUUAAAUCAACCUGCGUUAAGCAACUUGGAACAAGAUGAUGAUUGAAUGUUUCAUAGAACAUUGUGCAGUAAAAUUCAAAUCGUCCAACGAAUAUCUUUAUCACCUAAAUGAGUAUCACCAAGUGCCUCGAAAUUACAGAUUUAUUUGCACGUAUCCGUCAUGUAUUUCUAUAUUUAGUAAAUUUUAUAGAUUUAAAGAUCAUUUAAAUAGACAUAAAUUCCAUAUGUCAGAAAGCAAAACCGUACACGAUAAUCAAAUUUUAGAGAGUGUUCACAAUAGCUGCAUCGAUCAAAUCACUAAAAGCCCACCCUCUGACAGUGUUGAAAAUUCACAGACAGCGAACAGUUUGGAAAAUAUUUUAGCCUGCAUAAAUACAGAGACAGUGAAGUUUUCAUUAAAUUUAUAUCAUAAAAGCAAUUUGACUAGAAGUGAUGUGAAAAUGAUUCAGUCAGGAUCACAACAAGUGUUCUAUAAAAUAGCUGAAGAAUUCAAUAAAUUGCCUAUUUCUAUAAGCGACCCAGGCACAGAAUAUAAGUUCAAAACUUUAAUGAAUAAGCUAAAAACAACGUUUGAAUUUAUCGAUACAGAUUUUAAAUUUUUUAACUAUUUGCAAAAAAAUAACUUAUAUAGUCCACCAACUGUAAUUACAAUUCAGAGCAAUAAAAUAACCGAGCAUUCAGUUGUAUCUUCUGAAAAUCUAUUAACUAACGAAUACAGCAAACAUCAUAUUGUUUUACUUGACAUACAAUUUCAAAUAAAGUCGUUUUUUGAAA